UUCUGAGAUUUAGAACAGUUGGUUUUGUGUGUAGUCAUGUCUGGUCGUGGAAAACAAGGAGGCAAAGCUCGCGCUAAGGCCAAGUCGCGAUCGUCCCGGGCUGGUCUCCAGUUUCCGGUGGGGCGAGUGCACCGUCUGCUGCGCAAGGGUAACUAUGCGGAACGGGUGGGGGCUGGCGCGCCCGUCUACAUGGCGGCCGUGCUCGAGUACCUGACCGCGGAGAUCCUGGAGCUGGCGGGGAACGCCGCCCGAGACAACAAGAAGACGCGCAUCAUCCCUCGUCACCUGCAGCUGGCCAUCCGCAACGACGAGGAACUGAACAAGCUGCUGGGCAAAGUCACCAUCGCCCAGGGCGGCGUUCUGCCCAACAUUCAGGCAGUUCUAUUACCAAAGAAGACCGAGAGCCACAAAGCCAAAAGCAAAUAAA